UUCGUCUGUCAGUCAGGAAAGUCAUUCGCCUUCAUGUUUACCCAGGGCAAAAUUAGUGUUUAUGACCCGGAUUAUUUGUCUUGAAGUCUAAACUUGACGGAUUCCGCUUUCUUCGUCCUUGACGUCGGUUCCGUACGACUCCAGUGAUGUCUCUGGGGUUCCUGAGGCUUGUUUUGAGUCCUCUUCUUCGCCCCAUAGGCCUGCUCUCUUCACCCCUGGCAAGAAUCCCAUCAGCCCUCAGGCCAGCAUGCUCUUGCCAUAUCGUCUCUCCCUGGCCAUACAUGUCUACAUACUUCUCCACUGACACUGAGAGGGGGGGCACCAAUGUGACAGAUCUCCAGAAGGAGACUAAAAAGCUGAAACCGAAAGCACGGGUCACUUUGGGCAGCGUGGGUAGGAAGAUCGGCCCUCGGCAUAUCCAGUUAUUGGGUGAGGAUGGUGAGGAUUUGGGUACAAUGCACCGUGCUACUGUGUUACGACUGAUGGACCAAACAGGCCUGAAGCUCGUUGCCAUAAAUGACAACUGUGAUCCUCCAUUAUACAGACUGAUGAAUGGGAAACAGAUCCACGAAGAGCAGAUGAAACUCAGAGACACACAGAAAGCCAAGAAAGGACCCGUCCAAUCAAAGGAGCUGAAUUUCUCCUCCGAUAUCUCCCUUCAUGACCUGGACACUAAACUGCGGCAAGUUGUCAUCUGGCUGGAAAAAAACAACCACGUCAGACUCACUAUCAGAGCACGAACUGACAGUGGCACAUCACUGGACAACGUCUUAAUGCAAAUGGUGGAGAGGAUAUCAGUGGCUGUUGGCUUUGUAUCGAAACCGUCUGUGGUUCGUGGGGGUCGUGCUGCCAUGUGUGUCCUUCGGCUUGCUUCUGCUAAAGAACUGCAGAGAAAGGGAGCAGAGACUUCGAACAAGAAUUUAAAACCUGACUCAGAGACACCAGCAUAAAUGGCGUAAGUCUCCA